AUGCGCAAUACAUCCCCCUCCGCCGACGCCAUCCCAGCCCCGGCCCCGCCGGCCCUCCUGCUCGACCACCAGCAGCGGUGGUUCACGGGCUGGGGCGACGACCCGUACGCCGACUACGUGCUCAAGACGCCGAGCCUCGGGCUCGUGUGGUCGACGCAGAUUGCGUGCCGCAUCGCGCUGUUCCGGAAACCCGUCUACGGCGUGGGCCCAGCGGGCGAGGGGGAGGAGGAGGACGGCGAGAGGUUUUUGCCGACGCAGACGGGGUGGAAGAGGUGGAUGAAGGUUGUGUUUGCGCCGCAUGCGCCGGCGUCGGGGCAAGGGUUGGAUGGGGCGGUGCGGUAUGAGGUGAAUAUGGGGGUUGAAGGGGUUGGAGGACGCGCCGGAGGGGAUGGCGAGGAUGUGCAUGCGUGA